AUGGCCUCGGUCGUUUCGUUGGGUCUCGACCAGCCCGCGGGACUUCAAUAUGCCAUCCAAGAGCACCUGCUGCCUCCAGAACCCCCGAGCACCGCCUAUAGCUGGCAUAAUCACUUCGAUGCCAGCGCUGACGCCGACUCGAUAUGCGACGAGGAUGAGCUCUUAGUCACUCCACGAUGCGUUAUUUGGUCGCGAGGCGGGGUCUUUCGGAAAAGCUAUAAAUUUGAUCUCGAGAAAGAACUUGUCACGCAAGCAUUGCUGACAUAUUUCCCAAGCGUUGGGCCCUUGGAGAGAAAAGAUACAAGCGGCUCGCAGAAGGAAGCGGCAUCAAAGAGAUCUGCGGCCAUUGUGGUAUUUCUAAAGACACAGGCGCAUGUCCACUUCCUCUCCGGCACCAGCCAUGUUAUUAAUUUGCCAUUCGAGGUCGAAUUCGUGACUGCGGCCCCCAAUGGCCUGAUAAUUCAAAGGAAACUUCGAGUCGACAAUCUCGUUCCAGCGUCGCUGAAAUUCCCUCGAGUCCCUCCAAAUUCUUUCGUUUCCUCCCAACCGCAACCAUGGUCUGCAUCAAGUUCACAACAGUCAACCUUCUCGAUUGCCGACCUAGGGGCUCCAAAGCAAAUGUCACUCCAAUUCAACUCUACAUUGAAGGAUUUAUGGGACCCACCGGCACUGACAGACGAUGCUCACUGGCCGCGCCUAUUCUCUCUCUCAGAUCCCCUCGCUGAGAUGGGCUUGGUGGUCGCACAAUCUCCGAAACCUGAACUAAGAGGACACCGGAGAGGGCCGGCGAAGAAAACUGCUUUGGACACUGCAGAAGAAAUACUUCAUGUCUCACGCCAAGGUGAAUUUGAAAAAAACUGUGCUGGUCUCGUCCUCGCCCUCACUUUAAACCGCGAAACGAGCACGUAUACCGUCUGGAGGCUGUCAUAUAUUGGAGAGCAAACGAUGAGCGAAAACCACCGGAUACCCAGUGAUUCAUCGCGCCGCAGAAGCUCUUUUGUCCCAGGGACUGCUACUGGAGCUACGACUCCAGUUGUAAAUAGCCAAGCGACCUUCCGAGAGAGCUUUGGGGUCAAUACUGCUGGGCUUGGGGCGAAACCUGUCAAGAAACAUGCCACAAUAGUAGGUGACAAAGCAGUCGACUUUGCUUCGACCCUCGAUCCCGAUUUUGAGAGCUCUUCACUCCCCAGGAGGAAAUCUCGCCGUGUCAGCUCAAUGCUUGCCCGGGCUGAUCUAUCUGCCUCCCACGAACGAUCAGCGUUUUCUGAGCUCGCAAGCACCCAGCAACAUGUUCCAAAAAGGCGCGGUGACUCUUUGGGAAGCCAGCAUGCUAGAACAAGCACUGGGGGUUAUGGCGGACCAGCUGGGGCCAGUUUCAACCAGGCCCCGCAGUUCAACCAGAGUCUCAAUAGUUUUUUAGAGGCCCCAGUAGAUGAUUUGCUAGACGAGCUCCGAGCAGGAGGUGACUUCGAGGGCUUUCAUAAUAUGGGCCUAGACGAUGAGGAAUUUGAUGCGCUCAAGCAAGAGGUAAUUCUGGCCAAGGUUUGCAGCGUUCCUGCGGAACAUAGCAACGUUCGGUUCUCGAGUCAGCAUAUGCCAGCCACAAGUCAAUGCAAAAUAUUUACGCUCACUGCACCGCCAUCUGCAGCUGAUGAGCAGCAGAGAAAUACCAUCGUGGUAUGUAUUUUAGACCCAGACGAGAAGAAACUUCUGGUUUUGACACUUUAUACGCAUGAUCAAUCUACGGGCCACCGCAACGAAAGUCUCGUCCGGGGUAGAAAGGCUAGAAAACAAGGUAGUUCGGUCUCAUUGGGUCCUGUGGUGCGAGCAAAUCGUGUUAUAGAUGCUUGCAGACUUGAUGAUGGCCAUAUUUCUCGAAUUUUAGUCUUGACUGAAACCGAUGAUGGGUAUGGAGAACUGAGCAUGCAAGCACCAUGGAGUGUACUGAUGAAGAUCCCUCUCCCUGGGAAAUUCGCUAUCAGUAAUAUUCGAAAUCUUGGUCAUAAUGCCAUACCACGUGCUAAGCGUGAAGGCGGUUUUAAGAGGGUUCUUAGCCAGGGACCGCGUGCUCUUCGAGGGUUACGAAAUUCAAGGCCGCACGGAUUAGUUGACCUGGUAGAUGAUGAAGGCAAGCUGCAUCAGAUACAAGUUCUCCUGGAGCCUCGAAACCCUCAUGUGUGCAAAAUUCUUGAAAUCUGUAGAACUGUGAUUCCAGGAACUCGAGGUGGAGAGGGGGUUUUGAAGGGGUGGUGGGAUGCCAUGCAAUGGCUUCGUCUGGAGGCGAUAACCACAGUCGAUGCGGAAUGGACUGCUGUUGUCAUCAUAUUAUUCUCACUUGUUCUCAGUCUAAAUGAUGAAUCAGGUGUGACUCGAAAGAAAACACAUACAAAACGAAAAUCUCGGACGGGUUUGCUACGAUCUAGCAGUGGCGCUCAAUCGGAUUCGGAGAGUUGGCAGACGAUGCUUUCUCAGGAAGCUUCAAUCGGAAAUCCAUUGCCGGCUUGGUCCAACAAUGCGGCCUGGAAAUGGCUUGCUGAGGAUGAGGAGGCAGACAUCUGGGUCAAGGAUUCUGAGGCUGCGUCACCAAUUCUCACACCAAAUGACAGUGAUGACACAAAUUUUGUUCCGCGGCAUGUGAAGCUUGCCCGGGACUUUACAAGCUCAACUAUUGGGAAAGAAGUAGUAUGUGAUACUCUGCCAACCUCUAAGAAUAGAGAUAUCCACGCCCGUAAAACGGCCCUCACCGACAUUAUCACUGGUCUUCAUCUUCUUCGUGAAGAGGAUAAGCUCCACACAAUGGCCACCGACUCUUAUAGCACGGGUGUUUCAGGGCUUGCUCCAGUUCUGGGACAGAUGGUACAUUGGCUAGGAUGGAAUACUUGGAUGGCCCAUUAUGAUCUAGACGAAGUUUUGUUACUGGAUCUGAAGUAUGAUAACGGUUUACGCAUUGAUCAACCCAUUUCGGAACCGUUCGAAUGCCCAUCGGUCUAUCAGUGGAUACAGGCCUGCUUGACGACCCAAAAUCAGGCAAAGUUCAUUACUCUGCCUACCCUAAUUGCCACUCAAUCUCAGUCUUCGGGCACAAAUGCAUUUCCAAGAAUAUUCCUUUUCGAGGUGUUUUUUGCUUCGAUGCAACCAGGCUGGUCUCCAGUGCAGUUCGUUGAAUCUCUAGCUACAGCUGGUAUUAAUGUUCUUCUUCUUGAGACACUACCCGAGGCUAUCCUUGCCCCACUACAAGAAGCUAUCGCUCAGUGUCAAGCAGAGCCUCCCACAACAUGGAGCAAAGAAUUACUUGCUAUCGCAGGCCGAGAAGAUGUGAAUAUGCUUCUAACUCCAGGGCAACGUCCGCGCCACGGCCAAUCUAGUUUACUGGUUCCAUCUCAUGAGGCACAUAUGGAUGUUCGCGCAAUAUGUGCAUCUACGGCAGAUACGGAGGCACUGAGGUCCUUUGAUGCUGUGGCCGAAAUGGAUCGGCAAAUAAUCACACGUGCCAUUUUCAAGGACGAUAGAAGAGUGAACGAAGCCAUGCGUAUUCUUAACACAACAAGAUCAACUGUCGCGCGUUGCAAGUCUGAACCCCAAUGGACGGAGUCGGAACUGUUAGAAGCACAGAAAGAUCAUGCCCAAAUGCUGGCCUAUCGCACCCUUGCAAUUCCCUCUGGACGAGGACUAUUAUAUUUCAGUGCUCGAGUGCCGCUUCUGACAGAGAGGCUUUCGAUUGGCGGAUUCAAUUUAAGUUGUGUCAUGAAGCCAGAUAAUAACACCGUGGGAGUGGAUAAGAACGCAUUUACAGAAGAGAAAGUGUGCUGGGCAUUUUUCCACGCAGGUGUCGCCGCCGGCCUGAGCAUUUCGCGGGACGCGAAAGGAAUUGACACUUCCUGGAUUAUAUUCAAUAAGCCUACUCAGGACCUCAGCAACCGCCAUGCUGGGUUUUUGCUAGCCCUAGGACUCAAUGGGCACUUGAAGUCAGUGGCUAAGUGGGUUGCGUUCAAGUACUUGACACCGAAGCACACCAUGACCUCAAUUGGAUUACUCCUAGGCUUAGCUGCUUCGUAUCUCGGUACCAUGGACUCACUAAUAACACGUUUGCUCUCUGUCCACGUAACUCGGAUGCUGCCCCCGGGUGCUGCCGAGUUGAAUCUGUCUCCUUUGACCCAGACAACGGGCAUAAUGGGGAUUGGUAUACUUUAUUGCAAUACACAGCAUCGUCGAAUGAGCGAGAUCAUGGUAUCUGAGAUCGAGCAUAUUGAUACUGAAACCGAAGAAGAGCCAUUGAGAAAUGAAGGUUACCGGCUUGCGGCUGGAUUUGCGCUCGGUUUCAUCAAUCUUGGCAAAGGCUCUGAUCUCAAAGGCCUUCAUGACAUGCGCCUUACCGAGAGACUUUUAGCACUAUCCGUCGGUAGUAAGAGGGUCGAUCUAGUUCAUGUGCUAGACAAGGCUACCGCGGCUGCUGUUGUGGCAAUGGCAUUGAUCUUCAUGAAGUCGGAGAACCAAGUUUUAGCUCGCAAAAUCGACGUUCCAGAUUCACUUCUACAAUUCGAUUAUGUUCGGCCAGAUAUUUUCCUCCUUCGCACUCUCGCCAGACACCUAAUUAUGUGGAGUAAGAUAGAGCCUUCUUUCUCCUGGAUCAAGAACAAUCUACCCCCCGACUACAGAACGAGAAGUUCUCUUGAAUCCAUCAAACUUUUAACUAGUGACGAUCUCCCAUUCUAUGACAUUGUUACAGGCCUUUGCUUUAGUAUUGCAUUGCGCUUUGCUGGAUCGGGCUCUCUAGUUGUUCGAGACUUGCUAAUCCAUUACCUGGACCAACUAAUGCGGAUUUGUCGAAUUGAUGCUACUACAUAUGAUAAGAAGCUAACAAGAAAUACCGUUCGGAAUUGUCAAGAUCUGUUGGCGCUUAGCCUUGCCACUGUCAUGGCCGGCACCGGUGAUCUGGUUGUGUUUCGUCGACUUCGGUCUAUACACGGUCGUGACAAUAACGAAACCCCCUACGGAAGUCACCUUGCGGCUCACUUGGCGAUCGGUGCUUUAUUUUUAGGAGGUGGAACGUACACAUUUGGGACAUCAAACUUGGCUAUUGCUUCAUUGCUGGUAGCGUUUUAUCCUAUCUUUCCGUCUUCGGUACAAGAUAACCAGUCUCAUCUUCAAGCUUUCAGGCAUUUCUGGGCCCUGGCAGCAGAGCCCCGAUGCCUAGUCACAAAAGACAUCGACACCAAUCAGCCCGUCCCUUUGCCAAUCACGGUAACUCUCCAAAAUGGCGAACAGACACAACGCCAUACCCCUUGCUUAUUACCAGAGCUCGAUCAAAUCAAAACAGUGCGCACAAACAGCACAGAAUACUGGAAUAUAGUGCUCGAUUUCGCAGCGAACCCAACUCACAUUGCCUCCUUCAAAUCAACUAGGACAGUCUAUGUCCGUCGCUGCCCUGCCCACGAUGCCAAUACAUCCGCUUUCCAAACCACUCUCCAGGCUCUAAAUGAUACUGACGGCACAACAUCAUCGUCGUCCCACUCCCUAGAAUGGCUCUUCGAACUCCCCGCCUUCGCCUCCCUUACCAAAGCCGAAAGAGCAUUAGUCCUCCCACCCGACCAUGGCGGUGCAAGUGAUAUCCACUGGGGCACGAAAGAAACUGUUGUUGACGCAAGACUCGUGUUGGAGAAUGAUACGAUUGAUAGUGGCAAAAGAGACCGGCUUCUGGGGCUGAGGUUAUUGUUUGAGUGGGCGGAUAGGAAUGUUGCGGAGGGGAAAGAGAUGCUAUGGAUUAGGAGUGAGGUUGUGGAGAGGCUGAAGGCUAGAGUUUGGAUGGUUGCGGAGGGGGCGAAGUAA